GGCAGAGAAAUCACAACAGAAGUUAAAAUGAAACGAAGAAUUUGAGGAUGUUUUGAAAAAUUAUUUAAAAUAGAAAAGGGAACUGGGGGAAAAAUUACACCAUUGUGAAAACGUCACCUGUGAAACAAAAUCAAGAGUGAUUUCAAUAACUCACCAAAAGUUAUGAUUCUACGCCGAAUUACAAUUUAAAUAGAGAAUCUUCUCUAUUUUGCAAUCGACAAUUCUUGAAGGCUCAGAAGAGUAAUAUUAAAUGAGAGUAGAUCUUCCCAGAAACUUAAAUAACAAAUCAGUCAAUCUCCGAAGAAAAUAAAAAAUUUCCUUAAAAUGAAGCGGGAAAUUAAAGAUGUUUUAAAAAAUUAUUCAGACGAGGAAAGGGAACUGGAGAACAAAUUACACGAUAGUGAAUACGUCAGAUAUGAAAUAAAAUCGAGAGUGAAUUCAAUGACUCAUGAAAAUGAUGAAUCUACGCCUAAUUACAAUUUAAAUAGUGAAGCUUCUCUAUUUCGCAAUCGACAAUUCAUGAAGGAUUUGGAAAAAUCGAAGGCUCGUUUACGAACUUUUUCAACGUUUUCACCGACGGAUCAAGAACUUUGUGACAUCGCUAAAUUUUAUCGAAGUCUUCUUACAAGAGCUGAAAGAACUGCCAAGUUGUAAUAACUGAUAAAAAAACGAAUAUGAAAUGACUUCCUCCUAAAAGAAACUUUUCAAGAAAAUAAAACAAACUUAUAUAUACGUGUAAACAUGUUUUCCUCGUAAGUUCAGAAGAAUUUACUAAAAAAA